AUGAUUAAAAGGAAAUACAAUUUGAAGUAUUGUUGUGAUGACAUCUGCGUGUUCCCUAGUAGUACUUGGCCGAGCGGAAGCUGGGAAAAAUUCAGUCCCAGUUUCGGCUUAACGGCCAUUUCGACCUACCAGCUGAAGGUCCCCGCUCAGGAUAACAGAAAAGAUGAUGGAGACCUCGCGGAGGUGGAGACACACCACGUGGAACAGAAAAAAAAGGGAAAGGUGUACCUCUACCGACUAGAAGAAGACACCACUGAGGAUGGAGACAGAUCCGAAAUGAACCCCAUCUUGAAGUACCACAGUGACAUAAACUUCCGCAGCGGCGUUCUCCAGUCCAGCUAUCUGUUCACCCACGACAGUCUCUUGCUGGGCAGCGCCUGCGUUAAUGGUUUUCACUUGACUCACGUGAAGGACGGAAGUCAUCACCUCCUUUUUGCAACGCCAGAUGAAAGAGACAAUUCGGGUCUUUCCUUUGAUGCCUUUGAUGGAUCUCCCGACAAAGUCUUCGUUACGUUUAGCAAUGGGGAUGUGUGCCUCCUCGUUGAUGGAAAAUGCACCCAAUUAUGGAAGGCCCAUGAGUACCACGUGUGGACGUGCACAUUUAACGGAAGUGAAAACGUAGUGACAACAGGGUCUGACGAUUGCUCCUUCGCGAUUUGGGACCUCAGAACAACAACAGCACCUUCAGCAAGGAAUACAAAGUCCCACUCGCAAGGCGUCACGGUGGUCAAAUUCGAUAGCUUCCGUCAGGAGCUGUACACGGCAUCGUACGACAACAAGAUUCGCAUCUUUGACGCGCGAAACGUGCAAGACCCCCUUCGAACAGUCGACGUGAAGUCCAGCAUAUGGCGGCUUAAGUUUUUGUACAAAGGCACAGACGUGAACGAACUACUAGUUGCGGCCUGCGACGGCGGGGCCCAGUUAUUCAAGAAGAUCGACGACGAAUUCAUUUUUGAUAAGGGAAUCCACAAUGAUAACGAACUGACCUACGGAAUUGACGCCAUUGACCUUGCCGAUGUGGCAAAAGAAAAAAAAAGAAUUUACCUGUCUUGCUCUUUUUACAAUAAAGAAGUCCAAAUGUGGGUUUAA